UUGUUGCAGGCUUUCUCUGAAGAUCGAACCAAUGCAUGGCUCCCCGCGCAUGGCCUCAUCCAAGGAAGACCUAGCAGGUCCGUCUGAUGUGUCUGCCUCUGUGAGGUACAACUACCGGCGACCCACCUGUCCCGACGCCUCGGUGAUGGUGCACAUGCCCACGCCCCCCCCCUCUCGCCACAGGAAGAGCCAUAGCCUGGGCAACAAUAUGAUGGCGUAUGGCAUGGUGGAGAGUAAGAGCGCCACGUUCCCCAUUGAGAAGCCACGCCACCUGUUGGAUGACAGCUUCCUGGAGUCCCAGAGCCCAGCUCGACAUGACCCACACAGCAUGGCCAUAUCUAACGGGAUGUCUUUAGCGCAAGAGCCGUCACUGCAGUCCCUGGUUCGAAUCCAGGCUACAUCACAUCCGGCCGUGAUUGGGAGUCCCAUUGCCCAGCAUCGUCUGCGUUCCCAGCCGGGGAGGCGUCACUGUAAAUAA